UGUACGUAAUGGAGGCCACUCUGAACCAGAUGUGAUUGGGUAUCAAUAUAAGUAAAGUAUCAGAUUCUGUGAUAAGGCAUACACAGAGAACGGGCUGUGACAUGAUAGCAGGGACCUUUUCAUCGCUCCAUUUGAGUGCCCCGUUCCUCAUAGUGCUUGUACUAGGGGCUCAUCAUCAUCAUCAUAGAACCACCACUACACCCAAACCCACGACCCCUGCCUCCACCCCUCGCCCCACCCCAGAGUCCUUUGAAUACACAUACACUUUCUUUUAUUAUGAUACAACUUCUCAUUACAUGUGCUGUGCGCAUGCCACCCGACUUUUGAGAGUGUGCUUGUGUUAUCAUGUGCCGCAAGAUGAACGACAGCUCAUGCAAGAACAAGAAAAACUCUUGGAAAUCGAGGAGCGGAUCUAUUCACUCUAUGUAGCCGGACAUUACACCUCAAUGAACGACCUUCAGUUUUACAGCAAGCCAAACUACGACAUGUGCACUGGACAAGGGAAACAGCUCAACACUACCUUGUUACACGUGUACUAGAAAAAAAUUGAUAAAAGUGUUUCCCCGUUGAUUACCAAAAGAUAUUCAUAUGGGUUGAAACAAUCAACCAAUGGUUUUUAUACACGUUGAAAAUCAGCCUCGAAAAUAAAUCUGAAGAUUUAAAAAACGUAAA